AUGGCGGCAUUGUACGCCUCGACAACCCAUGUCAAGUCUGCUGCUUUUUCACGGUCUUCAUCAUCGCAUUCCAAUGAACCCAAUUCCUCUGCCAAGCCAACCCGAUCACUCUCAUUCCUCAACUUCUCCAAUCCUAUUUGUCCCGCUCUUUCUUCCAAGUUCAAUAAGUCCAUUUCCGUGGGUUCAUCUCCUCUUACGAUUACUGCUUCCUCCUCAUCCCCUUCUUCUUCUUCUCCCACUGCUGUCGCCGAUGAAUCGCAGGGCCUCAAGAUUAAGUCAGUGCCCACCAAGCCCUUUGAGGGUCAAAAAACUGGAACCAGUGGUCUCCGGAAGAAAGUUAAAGUGUUUAUGGAAGAGAAUUACCUAGCCAACUGGAUUCAGUCAUUGUUUAAUUCUUUGCCACCUGAGGAUUAUGUCAAUGGAGUUCUGGUUCUGGGAGGAGAUGGUCGGUAUUUUAAUCGCGAAGCUGCGCAGAUAAUAAUCAAAAUAGCUGCAGGAAAUGGUGUUGGUAAAAUCUUGGUUGGCAAGGAAGGUAUAUUAUCAACUCCAGCUGUUUCUGCUGUAAUACGGAAGAGAAAGGCCAAUGGUGGUUUUAUAAUGAGUGCAAGCCAUAAUCCUGGAGGUCCAGAGUAUGAUUGGGGUAUUAAGUUCAACUACAGCAGUGGACAGCCAGCUCCAGAAUCCAUAACUGACAAGAUUUAUGGGAACACACUUUCUAUUUCAGAAAUAAAAGUGGCGGACAUUCCUGAUGUUGACCUUACUCGCCUUGGGAUAACAAAAUAUGGGAAUUUUAUUGUGGAAGUGGUUGAUCCAGUUGCUGAUUAUCUGGAACUUAUGGAGAAUGUAUUUGAUUUUUCUCUCAUCAGGAGUCUUCUGUCGCGGCCGGAUUUCAGUUUUGUCUUUGAUGCAAUGCAUGCUGUUACCGGAGCGUAUGCAAAACCUAUUUUUGUGGACAAGUUGGGAGCAAGUCCUAAUUCUAUUUUAAAUGGAGUGCCCCUAGAAGAUUUUGGACAUGGCCAUCCUGACCCAAAUCUGACAUAUGCAAAGGACUUGGUCGACAUUAUGUAUGGAGAGAAUGCACCAGACUUUGGGGCUGCAAGUGAUGGAGAUGGUGAUAGGAACAUGAUUCUUGGUAGAGGGUUUUUUGUCACCCCUUCGGAUUCUGUAGCACUCAUUGCAGCCAAUGCACAGGAUGCCAUUCCAUACUUUGGUGCUGGCCCUAAGGGUUUAGCUCGAUCAAUGCCAACAAGUGGCGCUCUAGACCGUGUUGCUCAAAAAUUAAGUCUUCCAUUUUAUGAGGUACCAACCGGUUGGAAAUUCUUUGGUAACCUAAUGGAUGCAGGAAAAUUGUCAAUAUGCGGGGAAGAAAGUUUUGGAACUGGUUCUGAUCACAUUCGUGAGAAAGAUGGCAUAUGGGCUGUAUUAGCUUGGCUUUCAAUAAUUGCGUACCGAAACAAGGACAAGAGGCCUGGAGAGGAAUUAGUCUCCGUGUCUGAUGUGGUAAACCAACAUUGGGCUACUUAUGGAAGGAACUUCUUUUCUAGAUAUGACUAUGAGGAAUGUGAGUCAGAGUCAGCAAACAAAAUGAUAGAGUAUCUCAGGGAUUUAGUUUCCAAGAGCAAAGAAGGCGAUAAAUAUGGUAGUUAUGUCCUUCAGCUGGCUGAUGACUACAACUAUACUGAUCCAGUGGAUGGAAGUGUGGCAUCCAAACAAGGUGUGAGAUUUGUGUUCACAGAUGGAUCGAGGAUCAUCUUCCGAUUAUCGGGCACUGGGUCCGCUGGUGCUACUAUCCGGGUGUAUAUUGAGCAGUUCGAGCCAGAUGCAUCAAAACACAUUUUGGAUGCUCAAGCUGCACUAAAACCUUUGAUCGAUUUGGCGCUGUCAUUAUCCAAGCUUCAGGAGUUCACAGGAAGAGAGAAACCAACAGUCAUUACCUAAACAGAGUGAUGCUUCAACAAAAGAUAGAAUCCUAGCAGUAACAAGUAUAUCAGGUGAACUCAGAGUCCACUGAAAAUGGAGGGUUCCUGAGCUGAGAAGACAUCAUAUGGAAUGAAACAGUGAUAGGGCCGAUAAUAGGAAGUAGAAAUCACUAUUUUGGGAAGAGUUGAGGAGGUGUUUUUUUUAUAGGUUUAUAUCUUUUUUUCCUCAGGCUUCAUAUUGCAUGGGUGUGCUACUUUUGGAACCCAUCUCACAAGUGUCAACUAAACCAUAUCUUUACAUCCCAAAAGAUCCAAAACCAAAAUCCAAGCAGAUUGUCUAUGCUCCCCAUUGGUGAGGAAGAAAAGACUUCAAAAACUUGCCCAGACCCACCAAUGAAUGGAAUAAUCGAGUCGGCAAACCAAAGGGAAUAGAUAUAUAGUAAAACAACUAAUCAUGAAAUCCCUUCUUCUUAGA